AUGAACAUAGUUUAUUACAGAAUCCCUGAAUAUAAAGGGGUUAACAUCGCAAGAUUGUCCUGCAGUGUGGUGGUGCAGCAUGAAGUCCUCCUGAAGACCAAGUUCAACCUAGAUUACAAGGAAAUUUUCAAGAAUGUCACCCAGAUGAUACAGGAAAAUAUUAUGAAUGUAUCCCAAGAGCAAGUAAUCAGGAAUAAUACCUGCCAAACCAUACUGUGCUUCAGUGAGACUGCCACAGAGGUGAAAAACAUUUCCUUAACCCAGUACAACCCUGAAGGUAGGGGAAUGCGGCAGAAGGCUGGGAAAGACUUUGCUGACUACUUCUCCGUGGUGUACGAGGACCAGAAACCAAACUGCAUCAGCCGCUGCCAGCCUGGCUUCAGUAUCUCCAUGAACUGCAACUUUGGGACAGGCAAGCUGGAGCGCAGUGGCCCGAAGUGCUACUGCCUGACCACAGACACUUACUGGUACAGUGGGGAAACCUGUGAGUUUAUUACCAAGAAGAGCCAGGUGUACGGGCUCCUGGGAGCAGUGGGUGCGGUGGUGCUGGUUGUCCUCGUCAUCCUCCUGGUGUUCGUGUUCCGCUCCGAGAGAGGGGUGAAAAGGCAAAAGUCCAAAGUGACUCAGUUGUACAAGUGGCAUGAAGAGGAUGGAGGACCAGCCCCUGGGACCUUCCAAAACACUGCCUUUGCCAUCUGUGAAGAACCAGAGAACUCCAUGAACCUGGACUCCAUCUAUAGUAACUUCCAGCCCUCCCUGGGCCACAUAGACUCUAAAAAAAAAAGGUAA